AAAUCCACCGGGGCUGUGAAUUGAGAGGGAUCACGUGAAGGGAGGGAGGAACCUCGCUGGCCCCCAGCCAGUGGAAGGGCCGAUGGGUGGAACAAAAACGGGGCACGGAGAGACAGAUGUGACUAACGGAUCCUGUGUGCGUGGUACCCACGUCUGCGUCUGCGAGAAUGUGGGCUCUGGUAGCGGUGCGGCUCUGCCGGCCUUUUGCAUGACACUGGAACUGCUGCUCACAAAGUAGAAUCCCGCUGCUCUGUGGUAGGAAGGAUAGAGAAAGAACAUGGCCUGCAUUUUGAAGAGAAAGUCUGUUGUUGUCGUGAGUUUCAUUGCUGCAUUCCUCUGUCUGAUCAUCGUUCGUCUCACAAAUGAAGUCACAUUCCCUUUGAUUCUAAACUGCUUCGGACAAACCAGUGUCAAGUGGAUACCAUUUUCUAAUGGCCAAAGGCAGCUUCUGAGAACUCACUAUGGAUAUGUAAAUGUGAAAACACAAGAGCCUCUACAACUGGACUGUGACCUCUGUGCCAUUGUUUCUAAUUCAGGACAGAUGGCAGGCCAGAAGGUGGGAGCUGAGAUAGAUAAGUCCUCCUGCAUAUGGAGAAUGAACAAUGCACCCACAAAGGGCUAUGAGGAGGAUGUUGGGAAGAGGACGACCAUCAGAGUGGUUUCUCACACAAGUGUGCCUCUCCUACUCAAGAAUCCCGAGUACUUUUUCAAAGAAACCAACAGCACCCUUUAUGUGAUCUGGGGACCUUUUCGAAACAUGAGGAAGGAUGGAAAUGGCAUUGUAUACAACAUGCUGAAGAAAGCUGUUGACAGCUACCCAACUGCCAAAAUCUAUGUGACAACGGAAAAGCGCAUGAGUUACUGUGAUGCGGUGUUUAAGAAGGAGACGGGAAAAGACCGAGUCCAGUCAGGUUCAUAUCUCAGUACGGGUUGGUUUACCUUAAUUUUGGCUAUGGAUGCCUGCUAUGGAAUUCACGUCUAUGGGAUGAUAAAUGACACCUACUGCAAGUCAGAAGGCUUUCGCAAAGUUCCCUACCAUUAUUAUGAGCCAGGAAGAGAUGAGUGUGAAGAAUACUUCCUGCAUGAAAAUGCUCCUUAUGGAGGUCACAGGUUUAUCACAGAAAAGAAAGUAUUUGCUAAAUGGGCCAAGAAGCACGCAAUAAUAUUUACACACCCCAACUGGACAGUAUCUUGAUACUGGUUUUCUUAACUCUCCUUGAAUAGCAAAAUAAUACAAAAUUGUGUCCGUUUACAAUAAUUUUUCUUGCACCAGGCAAGUCUUUUUCAGCCUGGAUAACAGUAAACUAAAAGCAGAAGACAAAGUGGGUGAUGGUCCAGCUGUUAAGCAAAGUUAAUCAAACUGUGGAAGGCAAACACAUCGCUUGUUAUUUCUAAGGGUUUUACUCCAUCCAACGCACUUUAUGCUUUAACUGGAUUUUACUUCAGUAGUUAAAAGCAGAUGAGAUUUCCUGUAUAAGCAGAUGCACACAGGGAACUUGGUUGUCCUCUAAAAAUUGUCCAUCACCUUAGUUAAUUAAAAUGAGUAGCUGUGGCUCAAUUGCAGUACCAAAAGUACUGCAGAACUAGUUUCAUUUGUGGUAUUAGCACAAAUUAUUCACAAAAGGAAACAUGAAGAACUAUACAGACUUCCAAAGUUUAGUUGUCUUUUCUGUGAGUGAGCAAAUGUUAAAAAAUAUCUAAAUACUUUGACACGUGUUAGCACUUGGGUGUAUGCUAAAAUUACAGAUGAUCUAAACAUGGUUCUUGAACUGCACACAGCUCUCACAUGAGAAAAUAUUACUUGCUCAAGAUUCUUGAUUAAUUCAUACCUUCUAAAAUUCAGCUUCUUUGCAUCCUGAUCAGCCUGCACCAUCUUGGAUGAUGUGUUUUUUGCUUUUUGAAACUGCUUUCCAACAGUUUUGCUCCAGCAGUGUGGGACUUGGCUCUCUUUUACAGCCCACACUGAACUUUUGGCUGGUGUAACUAACCUGCUGUCCAUAUCCAAGCUGGUUAGAGUAAGGCUGUCAGGUAAGCAUCUCCAUUUUCUCCAGUCAUGCCUCUGAGUUGUUCCAACAUCCGAAGGCAGUACUGACAGUAUUUCCCUCUUAGCCAUCAUAAUUUGUCUUUCCAGCUUCUCCACCUUUAGAAAUAGGGAUGAUACCUAUCUACCUCACAAGGGAGUUGUGAGGAUUAAUAUGAGUCCAUAAAGCACAUUGCUGAUAAUGAAUGCUACAGUGCAUUUAUUCUUACCACAAAAACAAUGGUACCUGUCAUUUAUUCUUGUCCACUGGGUAUUUGUAGAAAGCGAUGGCAUGUGUGGAUCUGAUGGCAGAUUGCUCUGUGCAUCCUCAUUCCUACUGAGGAUAAUUUGUAAUACUAAGCUCCCUUAGCUGUGUCGCUUCAGAUGGAGUUGAAAGAACUCAGCGCCUUGUAUUAUCUACACAUCAAGAAGCAGACCAAGAGUUUUAACUCAUCUCUAGUUGAAAUAUGCAUUUCCAAGCUUACUCUCACAGAAAGUUUUCAACUGCAGCAGAUUCAUUUGUAAUAUGACCAUGGAUUUUAUUUAAACUGUAUUUAAAUGAAUGCUUUAAGUUUAGAAUGUGUCCUAAGAAUAUUUUAACAUCUGGAAUGUCAGAUUCAACACUGUAAUAGCCAAUACUGUGAACACUUGAAAGAAUUACGUGUGGAACAUGACACACAGGGUUUACUCACUACUUUAACAUUAACCAAUAGGAAACUUUGUAUGCUUUUGUAAAUCAUGAAAAGAGGAAAGUAAAAAAGAUAUUUUUACAUGUAAGUAUUUGUAUACUUUUUCCUGUUGUAUAUUUGUACAUAUAAAUUUAUAUUUUAUAUGUUCAUGACAUAUGUAUAUUCUCAUCAUCAGCUGCAACUCUCUGAGGAUGGGAACAAAAUCUCAUUACCGGUGUUUCUCCUUCUGACCAUUGGUUUCUUCUUCCUGUUGAUAGCUGAUGCCAGGGUGUAUCACCCCUUGCCCUUUGUAUUUUCUCCUGUAAAUGUAGCUUGCUGAUUUUAUUUUUAAUAUAGCUUAUCUUUCACUGUUUGCUUUUGUGCUGUAAGUGUUCGUGCUGGUUGCCAAAGGCUGGGGCCAUUGUUACAAUUGCAGAUAAAUAUCUAUACUGAAAUAUAGACUCUGUCCCAGACCUGUGUGACUUGAUGUCUCAUCUUCUUGCUUGGAAGAGGAGAACAAUGACAUUUUCCUACUCCCUAUCUUGACUGACUUUCUUGUAAUCUUUUGAGACAGACACUCACAUUUGCAAUGUAUUGCAUUUGUAUACUGCCUUGCAGAAGAGAUGCCUAACAUAACUGAAGGAUACAGGCUAUGCUCUAAUAUAGAAAUAAUACUUCUAAAGUGGCUGCUUCUUGUCCCUGGAGUUUAAAACCAAUCGUAGUCUAAUAAAGCACAGGAUAAAAUCCAGUGGUGAAAGGGUCAUGGAUGCAUGAAGGGUUGUAGAAGUAAAAGACAGUGAGCUUGAUUUAUUGUUAUUUACAUAUUAAUCUUCCCAGUUCAGAUGGAUGGCUGGAUAGACAGAAAGCUAGUAAAGGAAUUAUAAUGCAGGAUUUGAAGAAAGCGAGGCACGCAGAACUAGGAACAACAUCCCACAUUUUGUAGAGGGAAACACAGGACAAUCUAAAGCCCCCUGUGGGAAGAGGAGCUGGAAAGUCAAUCUGGACUUGGGUUUAGAAGGUAUUUGGGCUAAGAGAAUGAUACAAAGAAAGUGCUGCACGGUGCAGUUGGGCUGACUAGACUUACAUGAGAAGUAUUCUUACAAAGCAUAGACUUCCUCUUCAGGAAGCACAGCGUAAGGACUCUGCCUGAGUUACAUUCACACGCAAGGCAGUUUUUAAGCCUGAGAAAAUUUUUAAGGCAGUUACGGCUUGUCAAUGCAUUGUAAACUGAGUUUCAUGCUGCAGCUCUUUGUAGAGUGCUUGCACGUGGUAUGAAAUAAUAUCUCAUGCUACGAGUAGCUUAGAAAAAUAUAGCUCUAGGAACAGUGAAAUGUACAGCAAAAUUGAGAAGAUUGUUAUAGUGCGGUUGUCACAGAUCAAAAGUGUUGCUCUCUGUUUGUAGUGAGGCUUGGAUUUGUGCUAAGAGAUCUGCUUUCAGAAACACUGCACCAGGCUUCAUUAACAGUAAAUGAACAUCAGUUCCAUUAUUUAAAUGAGCCUGUCUUUAGCAUAAACUAAACACAUAUUUACAUGUUUUUUUAUUAUAUGAUUAAGGAACUGUGACCACUGUGUUGGAGAUGGUUCUACAAAGAAAUGACUUGGCAGAAAUUUGUUAAAGAUCAGCACUGUAGUAUCAAGAAAACAUUUCACUGCUUGUCUGUAUGAUAACAGAUCUUGAUGAUUCACCUUCUGAGAGCGCUUAAGACAUCAGCUGAGAAUCAUUUAUUAAUUCUUUAAAGUAAAGCCUACUACAGUUUACCUGAAUGUAAUCAGAUUCUAAUUGCUUAUUCAUUCAAGCAGUCCUACUUUAAUCAACUAGUUAUGUAUAUGGAACAAGCAGGGAGUUUACCUUAGUUUUUCAAAAUAGAUCUUCAUGUUGCUGCUAAUAGAGAAAUACUUAGAAAUAAUUUGAUGGUUUUUUUUUUGCCAUUAGGCAACUCAGUAGUCACCAGAUGUUUCUUCCCUAAUUUAGUUGACCAUUCAAAAUACAUUUUUAAAAGUAUAUAUAUUUUUCAGCUUGCCACAGCCUUCAUCUUUCUAAAAGUUUAAGUUUUAAUAGAUUCCAUGUUGUGUUAACAUCUGAUUUUACUUUUCAGAAAAAUUAUUUUUAAAUAGGAGCAGAAAUUUUCUUCCAGCUUUUGGAUCAGCUAGUUACCAAUUCACAGAUAAUUAACCAAAUAAUGAAAAUAGAUAAUUAAAUAAGUGGAUUUUGUAUUCCAAAACAAUGUACCAAAAAUGAUCUCAACCUUUUCAUCCCCAGAAGGUGUCCAGAUCACUUCCCUCUGCUUACACAAAGGCCUCUUAGCAGAAAGAAAAUAGCGGUUUCUAUAUCCAGCCAAAUUCCCUUCCCAUCUGGGCUGGGAGAUUCCAUCUGCAGAGCGCUUGUGUCAGGUACAUCAGAAAGCAGGAAGGAUUGAGGAAGAGUUCUACUGAGGAGCAGAUGGUGUUCCAACUUCUGAAAAAAAGCCCCUAAAAUUCUUCAAGAGCGCAGUACCCCUUCAUCUCUCCUGCACAUAUUUUUCCAGGAGUUCUCUUUUUCUGAAUGCCUUUAGCUCUAGAAUUGUUCCACUCUCUCCCACAGUAAUUACCACCAAGGAGAAAAUGCCCUUGCAGGAAAAGGCAGAGGAAUGUUCUGUGUUGUCAGAAUUUCUAUCUAUGCAACCUCACGGAAGAAGAAGUCAGCCUUGUAUGAUUUGAAUUGUCAGUUGAAGGCUUAAGUGUUUCUGAGGACUCAGUUCAAAACUAACAGAAAUCACUUUGGCAAGUUCAGACUGUGAGUAGUGCACCAAUCCCAGCACAAUUUUGCACUUCUGAUUACAUUGGUAAGCGGUGUUUUGUCUGUGAAGAUAGUGAUGUUAAGGAGAAGAGCAUCCAGCACUUGGAGGGCUAGACAGACAGUAUGGUCAUACACGCAGACAGCCAGCAGCAGAUCACAAGUGCUCAAAGGAAAUAUUCAGGUACGUAAAAUUAAUGAAGUAAUCGCUCAUGAAUUAUAACUGGAUGGUGCCCUUACCACCUUGCAUAUUGAUGCUUAAAUGCUACUGACCUUUUUUUCUGUAUGUAGCUUAGAAAGUACACACGUCUUUAGUUGGGAUUGAGCAAAUCUGAGAUUUGUUAAUGAUGAACUUGAGGGUACCCUGCAGAGUGAAACUCCAGUGUCAGUGCCAAAGGAUUACAGAGAAUUCUCUGUGGUCAUUGCCAUAUACAGCGUACAUCAGAAAAUGGUGAAUUUACUAAAAAAGAGCUGUUUUUCCUGACUAGGCAGAGUUAGCUCUUUCGAGCAGAAAGUGUUUCAUUUUCAGCAGAUGUGUCUCAUUCUGUUCCUUCAUUCCUGAGAGGGUACAGAGGAAUGCAACUUAACCAUAGGGGAGUGAAUAAUGAUAUGCUGAAUAGCCAGCCACCAGGUUCCUCUACAUUUCUCUGGGUAUUGUUUCGAUGUAUAGCUAAUGACACAGAGAAAAACAAGCUUUUUGUAAGCUUUGUCUUGCAUAAUCCACAGAAGUCUCCUGUGUCUGUUCUGCACUGGAGCCUCUAGGCAAACCCUCCAGAAACAAGCUGAUGGAGAAAGACACUGUUUUUCCCCAGUGAAAGAUAAGGCUUCUGUGGAAGACAUAAUAAUCUGUGUGGCAUCCCUGGCCCCGCUCACCCAGCUUCUGUAGGCUCAUCCAGCCCCACUGCAUGGUAUGCAUUCUCCAGCUGAUUUGCACAGCAUGAAGUUUGCUCUGUCCUCACCUUCUGUGGGAACAGCAGAGUGCUGGUGCUGACCCAGGACUGAGGAGCAGCAGACUCUGUCAGGUUGGCAGUGUCACCUUGCAGCUCAGGUGCUGAACUCAGUGUCUUUAAACGAGGUGGGAAAGAGAUCACUGGCUUUUGUUAUUUGUUGCAAGGUUGACUCACAAGGAGUCACCAUUUCGAGAGUGUUUUAAACAGCUGAUUUUACUUUUUAUUCUUCCUUGCUGCUAUUUCUGGGAAUUGAGGAAGAUAUGCAGCUGUCAGCACCUGCCACUGCUGUCCUGAUUUACUGGCCCUAUACUGACUGUAAAGUUGAACUAAUGCAUGUUCUUACCAUGUAUUAUGCAUGACAGCAUGUUAUGUAUUUUAUUCUGGCACUAUAAUAAAUAAUGUAAGUUGUGUGUAGACUUAGUUUAAGCAGCAAAAAUAGUGCAUUUUCUUUUUUUCGUAUCAUGUGUCAUCCAGUGCACUUUGCUGGAGCCCUGUGAGUGCCAUUAGCAGCUGGCAGAGUACAAAUUGUUGAAGCCAGUUGGGAAAUAUUUACUAUUAAAAUACCAGAAAUAGUUAAACUUGCUUUUGUGAACAUACCACACAGUUUUGUGUUCUGCUAUAAGGAAAACCUCAGGUCUAAGUGUAACCAAAUGACUUUAUUUACAUGGCUAGCACUGAGGUGUUGGCAGGGCAGCAAUCAAGUUUUGGACGUCUAUGGCAUCUCUGUAGCAGGAACUGUACAUGUACAAGAGUAACUGAGAUGCCUGUAGUUCUUUCAUAAUGCUGCUGAAAAUAGUAGUUGUGGAGUCGCAUAGAGAGAAAAAAUUGUGCUCACUGUUGUUUUGAAUGUUCAUCUAUUCCCUCCUCACACAGACACUCAUAGAUCUGCAAACAUGAGGAGUGUCUACAGGGAAACCCUUUUUUCCAGACGGUGGUGAGACAGAACAAAGAAGUCUAAUCUCUUACAUGGCAAAUAUAAGCUAUAGUACUUGUUGUUUCAUGUUAGUUUGUAUAUUUUCAAAGCCUGUGUCUACAUUAGUGAGAAGUGAGCUCAGCUGGAUAAGCUCUAUAGCCUGAAACUGAUAGUGCUAAAUACUUGAUGCCCAAACUAGUUUGUUCCUACGGGCUGAAUGCAACUGGUUACUGGAGCACAUCUUUUAGUUUAAUGGCAAUCCAGUGGACUGCCCCACAGGAAAGUGAAGGGCCUACGAUUCCAACUUUCAGAUAAAUAAAAGCCCUUCCCACCUCCUCCAACCCCCUUAGGCUUUCCAUGGACUCCCUCUACUCAUGUAUUUUCCUUUGAAAUAUGAGAUCAUGUGAGAUGAGAGUUCCUGAGUUCCUCCCAAGGUAGCAUCCAAGCCAGGAAUGUGGUAUAGGACUGUGUAACCCAGUCUGGAUGCAACAGGGAAAGUUUGAUGAAGAGUCAAUUGUGAUUCCACUUCCUGAUGUGGUUUUCACCAUGAAAAUGCAUUAGCAAGCCUUCUUUUUUAUUUUUUAUUUUCAAUAUACUGCCUUCCCUUCAAAUUCCCUUCAUAAAUUUUCCGAUUCCUUUUUCUCGUGGCCUUGCGGUUACAUGUGUGUAUCUGUGUUUAUGUGAAUGUAUAUACAGUAUACAAGCAUUCUUCUGUUCUUACACAGUUGCUAUUAUAUGCUCCUAACAAACUCCUGUAGGAAGUUCAUUUUAUGCUACUUAUUACAUGGGGUUUUUGGUUGUGUUUUUGUAGUGCUGAAGAGUGCAUUCAUAUUAGGUAGCACGGUACACUCAGAAAGAUCUCAUGCUGUUCAUACUUAUUUUACAUAUUUUGCUAAUUGUUUUCUUGCUACACAUCACUUACCUUUUUGCUCCCAUUUGGAGAAUGUGCUUCUAUGUACUUGAAAAUUGUGCCUGGGUUAUUCUAAAAUACAAAUAAAUGUAGACACUUUUCCAAUCCC